AUCCUUUAUCAAGAACAGAUUAUCCUGUCUGCAGUUAGCAGCUUCUAGGCUUCCGACAAACGAAUCUGCUGAAACUCCCUAGAUACCAAGUCAUCACUGCCAAUAACAACAUUCCGAGACUUGGUCACCAUCUCCCAGGAUCUUGCCAUCUUGAUCGCAAAACUCCAUGAUCAACACAAACACCGGUGCAGAUUGACUAAUAGAUAUUCAAGAAUGACUUCUGAAUAUCAAUACUCACCCCUUCCCACCCCAAAGUCAAUCCGCCUCAUCCGCCUCGUCAACACCAAAGAUAAAUCCUCGCCUCUAGAAUGCGAGUUUGAAGAAACCUCUCUCGACAAUCCAGCCUCAUACGCAGCCCUCUCCUACACCUGGGGAGGCGAACCAUCGAAUGUCCCUCUAACAGUAGUAAACGCCACGGCCAUCACCGCCCCAACCACCAGCCCUCAACAUACUUCUCAACCCUCACUCAUGAUAACCCCAAACUGCGCCGCCGUGCUCAACAUCCUACGCGGACCACGGAUCCGCGAUCUCUCUCUCUGGGUUGACGCCGUCUGCAUCAAUCAGUCCUCCAACACCGAGAAGAGCGUCCAGGUGGGCAUGAUGGCGGAACUUUACCAAAAGGCAAAGUACGUCUUUGUAUGGCUGGGCAACGAGUGGGCGCCAGCUACGGUGCUUGCGUUGUACAAAGGUGUUCCGAGGGUAAGAGACGAACAGGGACGAGGUAAAUACCGCAAACUUUGGACAUUCACAUUCAACCCGAAUUCACAUCUUCACUUACACCACUUGCCCCCCAAAAAAAGAAACCCCUUACCCCUCGAUGGCCCCCGCCCCUCUCAUUAACACGACCCCAAAAAGCCCUAGACCCAAACCUCCUCUCCAUCCUCCAACGCGCCCCCUACUGGCUCCGCGUCUGGACCCUCCAAGAAGCAGCUUACACCAACGCC